UGAAGUGGAAGUCGUUUGCACUAACCAACCAACGAUGGCGGAGUUUGAUUUGACCACGCGUAUGGGUCAAUAUUUAGACCGCCAUUUAGUGUUCCCUUUGCUUGAAUUUUUAUCUGUGAGACAGCUCCAUGAUGAAAAGGAAAUGUUAUGUGGAAAGUUGGAACUCCUCAGCAACACCAACAUGGUGGACUUUGCCAUGGAUGUGCACAAGACGCUGUACCCAGAUUCAAGUGUACCUGAAACAUUGAAAGAAAAGAGGCAACAGGUUGUUUCUCAAUUAAAGAAACUCCAGGCAGAUACAGAAAUUAUCACCACUAUUUUUGAAGAUUCAGAGGUUGCACGACAAAUUCAGAGCUCACGAGAUGGACGACAGUUGUUUGACUUUCUCCACAAAGAACAUGGUUUCCGGUCUGAUAUGGUCGACACCUUAUACAACUACGCCAAGUUCCAGUAUGAAUGUGGAAACUACUCAGGAGCGGCCGAAUAUCUCUACUUUGUCCGUGUGUUGCUGCCACCGACGGACAAGAACUUUCUGAAUGCACUAUGGGGCAAGCUGGCCUCUGAGAUUCUCAUGCAGAACUGGGACGUGGCCUUGGAAGAUCUUCAGAGAUUGAAAGAUAUCAUUGAUUCAAAUACAUUUGCGUCGGCACUGCAGUCUCUACAACAGAGGACGUGGCUGAUUCACUGGAGCUUGUUUGUGUUCUUCAACCACCAGAAGGGUCGUGAUCUCAUCAUCGACAUGUUUCUCUACCAGCCGCUGUAUUUGAAUGCUAUUCAGACGAUGUGUCCUCACAUUCUGAGAUACCUGACGACAGCCGUGAUCACCAACAAGGGUCGCAGGAAGGCCGUGCUAAAAGAUCUCGUCAAAGUCAUUCAGCAGGAAAGCUACACAUACCGAGACCCUAUCACAGAGUUUGUGGAAUGUUUGUACGUCAACUUUGACUUUGAUGGAGCACAGAAAAAACUGCGGGAAUGUGAAACGGUUCUGGUCAAUGACUUCUUCCUGACAGCUUGUUUGGAUGACUUCAUUGAAAAUGCUCGACUGUUGAUCUUUGAGACGUUCUGCAGAAUACACGAGUGUAUUAGCAUAAAUAUGUUGGCUGAGAAACUGAACAUGACCCCGGACGAAGCGGAGCGGUGGAUUGUUAAUCUUAUUAGGAAUGCUCGUCUUGACGCAAAAAUCGACUCGAAGCUGGGUCAUGUUGUGAUGGGAGCCCAGGCUGUGUCUCCGUAUCAGCAAGUUAUAGAGAAGACAAAAAACCUCGCUUUUCGCUCACAGAUUUUAGCAGGAAAUAUAGAGAAGAAACUAGGCAUUAAGCACCAAGAUAACCAGUGGGGAAUACAAGAGUAAUCAAACCAGUUUUAAUCUGUUAAUCUAUUGAACAUUUCAUUGAAAGUGACAUUUAAACAAAAAAAAUUGUGCUGCAUUUUGUGAUCAGUACAUCAAAGAACUAUAGAAGCUUUUUACACUCUCUCUUCCCUCGACAUCUAGGAAAUGAGACGAUGAUCCUGUGUAUUUUAAUAAAUAUACACAUACCU